CUUCCGGUUAUUUUUCGACGGUGACACUUCAUCAAUUUUUAUUUUCGAAACUGAAGCAUAUUGCAAAAGCUAUGUCUUCUAGCUCGGGCAAACGACCUGAUGGAACGGAUGGCAGUGAUCAUUGGCAUCGUGAAAGUGUAGCAUGGCAGUAUAAAAUUAGCUCCAUCAAUAAAGGAAGACUGAAAACUACACUGAAUUUGCAGAUUGUAUUUGGAUUGUUAGUCAUUGUUCGACUUUUGCCUGGACUAACAGCACUUGUUGGCUUGCCAAUCUACAAAAAGCUUCAACACUGGGAUAUUCCUGCUCCAAAAGCCUGGGAGUAUGCCUGGAUAGUCAGUCUUGUUGCAGCUGUUUUUGGCCUAAAGUCGUUGCCUAAGAACGAUGCACUGGUUUUAAAACAAUUCCUUAUUGGUACAGCUGUGUUUGGAAUAUUGCCUGUCAUCUAUGGAUUAAUAGAAUUGUUUGAUGACUUGAUGCUCUAUUACAAAGACAAGAAAUCUUCAUCACAAAUUCUAGGAUAUCCAGCAGUGCUUGUGUGGUACCUGUGCUUGGUAGUUUGUUUGCAAAUGCACGCCUUUGGAAUCUACUUUGGGGCAAAUUUAUUAAAAGCAUGGAAGCCAAAAGACAAGAAGAUAAAAUAAACCAACAAUGCAGAGCAAAUAUGGUUCAAUAAAAAAAACUAACUUCCAGACUACACAAAUGAUGAUUUUGCCAUUCUUGUCUUUUCCGAACAGUCGUGUCUCUUACUUUUUGGUUAUUCUGAUUGAAUGGCUUUUCCAAGUAAUUUGUGUGAAAUGCAAUAAUGUUUUUUAUAAAUUAAUAUCUGUGUAUUUAAAAAUAGUUAAAAUGAACAUUUAUGCUUACUUUCCAUCAAAAUACAUGUUUCUAAUAUUGUUAAUAUAGUGCAAUAAUGAUUAUGCUCAGAUAUUAAGAUUCAUCAUAUUAUUUAAUAGGGGUAAAAAACGCACAAGUUACAUAUGAAUGAUAUAUACUAAAUACCUACAUUCAAUAGUGUGUUUCAUUUUUUCACAACUUUUAGGUUAAGAAGCCUUUUAAUUAGUAAUUUAUAUAAUUGUUUACCUUAUUCUUUUUGGUUCUAUUUUUAAGCAAAUUACUAUUUUUGGAAAUCUGAAGAUGCUGAUUAGGAAAUAAUAAUUAUGACGAUUAUUGGCCUAUGGUGUUACUAGUUUAAGUGGGAAAUUAGGUAAAUUCAACUCAACACCUUUUAUAGCUUAAAAUGUAUUAAAACUUGUGUAUAGCAAAUACAGCAUAUGCAAAGACAUGAAUUGAUGCAGUUAAAAAAUGUUUACAGAAGAGAAAAACAAUAUUAUAACUGAGAGAGGGAAAAAUAACUAAUAUCUUAUUCAGAUAUUUUUUAUCAGAUUCUUAAUUCGCAGUCAUAUUUUUGCUUUACAAAUACAGCUGGUUAGGUCAGCACAAACAAAAAGAAAUAUGUCACAGAGUGGUGCAAAAUUUAUUUUGUGGACUACGGUAUAUAAAAUGCCUAAUAAGAAGAUGCCUUAUUCCAUAUCAGUUUAUUUCCUGAUCACUUAUUCUAUGUAUUCCUUUCAUUUAAAAGUAGAAUAGUACAUAAUAAUGUAUGCAAUAUGAAAAUCAUUUUCUAUAUAUAACGAUAUUAUGAUUUUUUGUUGUAUUGUACUAUUACCAUGUGCCAUUUUAUUCCAAAUUUGUAUGUUCCCAUUGUUAUUUGUGAAAGAUUGAAUUCAUGCUCUGGUAUUUGUGUAUCCGAUGUAUAUCCGGAGGGAUUUAUGGUGUAUAGAAAGACUAUGUGAAUACGUUUGAGAAUGAGAGUGUAACAUAUUUAUAAUACCUAAUGAAAUGAAUCAUGUAUUUUUUUAAGUUCUCUGUCAUUCAAGGGUUUUGUUCCAGUUCCUUGUUAAAUAUUUCAUAAUGAGUAUUGUAUUGCUUGCAGUCUCUCAUACCUUCAUGUAAGUGAAUAUUACAGUUUCUCAUACCUAUAUGUGAGUGAAUAUUACAUUUCCUUCAUGCGUGAUUAUAAUUGUAGACAUCAUAUGUUUUUUUGCCAAUGGAUUGUUAUACUUUUUUGUAUGGCUUAAAUGUGACUUGAAAGGAUUUUUUUUCCAUGUAAGACUAUGUUAAGUGUUCAACAUAUCGCCUAACUGUGAUUUCAACUUGUUCAUUUGAGAAAUCAAUUUUAGUUGUAUCUGAGUCCGUACUUACUAACAUAUUGAGUCUGAGUUUUAGUCCGUACUUACUAACAUAUUGAGUCUGAGUUUUAGUCCGUACUUACUAACAUAUUGAGUCUGAGUUUAAGACUCAUAUGCAGAAAAGUGAAUUCUUAAAUGGUUAAGAAUAUCUUUUGUAUACUUAUUUUUGCUAAUAAUUUUCUUUUAAGAAUACAUGCCUAAAAGUAGACCAUAUUAUUUGUAACAGAUGCAGCAUUGUUUUCCAUUUUUGCUCCUAAAAUCGUACUCUACAACAUAACUUAAACUUUGCUUUUCUAAGUUUGCGUCUUAAACUUAGACUCAAAAUUUCAGUGAAAAUGGACCCAGACCUUAAAGUUCCUGCAUUUAUAAAACUUGUGUUCUCAAUUAAGUUAUACGAUCAGAGUGCUUUUGAAAUUAUAUUUCUAGUCUGUUUGUUGUAAAUCUUAAUGCCCUUCAACUGAAAUAAUUGCUAUCAGUUAAGUUUAGCUUCAAAUAAUUUCUACACACAUGUCUCUCUAGAGAAUUGUUAAAUACAUGUAUUGCUGUUUGUAUAGGAUUGUAUAGGAGAAAAUCUUAAAUUGUUUUACUUCUAUCCAUAAAGUGUUCCCAACUUUCACAGCAAGCAGCCGAGUGACCGUUUUAUUCCCGUGUUGUUAAUAAUUGACCAUGAUUUGAAUAAAGUCAAAUUGCCUUGA